CCCAUGUCCCUCUCCAACAUCUCCGACAUACGUACAUUGAUCGCUGGGUGGCAAACUGAAUGGGGCCCUGCAGCUACAUGGGCGAAGAACUUCCAUCACACACUUUCGUGUGUGCAGGAGAAAGGGUGGAGGGCCACAGACGAGUUCUUCUCUCAGUGUGAGGACCAUGUCCGAGAGGGUCGAGCGAUACUGCGUGACCUUCAGCUUCUCACGCACCAUCCGCUGAAUAAGGGGCCCAAGCAGGUGAAAGAUACUUACAUUCAGAUAUAUGACUUGUUAUCAGCGGUUCUUAUGGAGGUGUUUUUUUUUGAGCUCAAGCUCGACAAGUAUGCCCCUGCAGUCCCUUUGAGCAAACUUUCUGAAGUACGGUAUUAU